AUUUUGAAAAUUUGGUGCCCUGGCCCUACAACUUCUGUCGAAUAACCAACUGGAACAAGCCAGUCAUCGUUUUAUGCAUGAAAACUUAAACAUUUUGGUGGCUAUAAUUCGUUAUGCUACUUGCAAAAGGCCCAAGACACAACGGUGAUGCAUUGCCAGAAAAUGAUCCAUGGAACAAUUUUUUAAAAGCUAUACUCUAUUGUUAAAAAGAGAUGUUAAUUUCUCGUCAGAAACCUUCUUGAAAGGCGACAUCAUUGAUGGGAUUUUGCUACUAACAUUCAACGGGAAGCAUGCUUAUAGUCAUGGUGAAUUGUCACAUGUUAUUGAGGAUGAUUAUACACAGUUUGUGGGAAUAUUUGACCUUGGCGACGAGCAUAAAGAGACACACUUCUACCAGGAUGGGUUCAAUUUACGGAUGAAAAAUGAAAAAGAUGAGAAGGAACACAAGUUCAUUAUCCGUAGAAAAACAUUUCACAGUGUAUAUGCAACUUCAAAACGAAACGUGUUUGGCUUGGUGGUUGUAAAUCUUCCAUUUGGUGUGCUUGUUGCUUCUCACCAUCAUCCAAUCACUUCGGCGGUAGCUUGCGAGUUUGUUGAGAAUGCGGCCGAGCUUCUUCGAAUGUGAUUGGCAGUCAUCAAACUGGCAUUUGAAUUUUGCCAUUGUUUGCAACAGUUCAGAGAGAUUGCUACGUUUGCAAAUAUGCAUCUACAUUGAACGCCAAUGCGGCGUCUCAUUAUGGAAUAUGGGAUUUCCUUCACUCAAGCAUAGGGCAGGGCUCUUUUCAAAAAUGACAUAAUUAGCAUAAGGCAGUCAUUGUGCCUUUCAGACCAGUUGACCAUGAUCUGACAAAGCUUGACCUUGAUUCAAAGAGGUCACAAGGAAAGAUGUUGUUUGUAAAUUUGUUUUGGUGGUUGGGGUGAAUUUAUAGGAACAGAAAGCACCCCUUGAAGUUCGUGUUAAUUUUUAGAUUUGAUUUAUGUCUUAAUGUAUAGUAAAUCCGUAAUCACGCUAGGGUACUUGCAAAAAAGUUUGGUUCUCGGAAUUAGCAAAUUAUUUUUACUCGUUAAGUUUUUGUUGUAGAUUCGAAUAUCCCUUUCACCUGGUAGUUUCCUGAUUCACCUUGUAGUUUUUACUCUUUCUAUGUUUAUUUGCCAGGGGGUUGUCAUGGUCUAUUGCUCCCCGUGGUGUCAACGUGCCUGUAGUGUUUGUCAAGUAAUUAGUAGGUAGCGUAAAAGGUAACUUGUCUUGUAAAUUUUUAGUGGAGUAUGAAAAAAUAUCCCUUACACCUGUUUUCGUUAUUUUAAGGGAAAUUUGACUGCAUGUCAUUCCGAAAAGAGCACCUAAGUUUUGUUUAGCUUUUCGAGUAUUUUUAUCCUACCCCAAGGCCACUUUCACCCUGCCGCUUUCACAUCGCCGCUUCUACAUUCUUUCUAUAUGUAUACGAAUGCCAUUUGAUUUAGUCUGGUGGAGUCAAAUCUUGUAUUUGUGUACUUCCAAUACCGAAAUAUGACGUUAUUCUUUAUAACAAUGCAAUAAAUCCCUCUUAUGUUUUCCAAUGAUCUUUUAGUAUUUAGAUUAAAUGAAUCAAAUUUAUGUUUCAUAUGAAAUUAAUUAGUUUACCACAAGGUAUCGAGAGAGGAAAUAGCUCAUGUCUAGUAUCUAAUCGUUCUAUUUUAUUGGGAAACUUUUUCUUUUUGUGCAGGAAUUUCUCCUCGCCAUAGUUGCAGGGUGAAUUAGCAUUAUGCAAAGGCGUCUUUAAAUUUUCUUUAUCUACUAUUCUUCUAUCUACAUUAAAAUGAUAUUCUCUUUAAAACUUUAGCUUUGUUUUGGAGAUUGCUUUCAGGUCAUUUGACUUUUUUCGCACCUUGAUUCGCAGUAUUGCAAAAUUGCAAGAUUCGUAAUAUUUUCGUUUCCUUUUAUUUAUGCUGUUCACCUCAAAUAAAAUUCGUGUGCACCUUCGAGGCCGUUUUUUUCACUUUCUGGGUGAAUUUGUUUCAGAUCCUAUAGCUAUUCAUAAUUUACGAUCACUUUCUUUCAUAAUUUUUGUUCCGUACUGAAAA